UUUACAGUCUGGGCAGAGGAGGUGGGAGGCCCUGGGGUGGUCUAGUCGCCUGUGCUGGGAAUGCCUGGACAGAUGUGGAAGCAGCUGGAGGUGGCACCGUACUUGGGUCGCUGGAGCUGCGCUGUUCCUAGGAGACGGAGGAGCAGUGAGCCUGUGGGGGAGGGGGAGCAAGUGGGUUGCUGCUUUUAGCAGCUGAAAGGGCUGCAGGGAGCUCUGGGUAAGACAUUUUCUGCUGCUGCUGCUGCUGCUUCUGCGUUAGAAGCUGCCGCGAGUAAGUCAGAGGAAGGAGGACCGAGAGGGAGGAGGCUUCGUCUGCAGCCAUGCUGAAUCACUGUUGCUGAUCAGAUCUCCCGCUAGUUGGCUGGGAAAACCGAGAGCAGAGCUAGGAUCCCCGGUGCGUGCACAUUUCAGCAGCUGCCACCCCAGCUGGGCCUCGCACAAUGGAGGGUGAGAGCAUCAAGCCGAGCUCCCAGCCCCCGAUACAGGCUGGGGAUGAUGAGAAGAGUCAGAGGACGGUUACUGUUAACCCUGCCCACAUGGGGAAGGCGUUCAAGGUUAUGAAUGAACUGCGGAGUAAGCAGCUGUUGUGUGACGUGAUGAUUGUGGCGGAAGAUGUCGAGAUAGAAGCCCACCGUGUGGUCCUGGCAGCCUGCAGCCCCUACUUCUGUGCGAUGUUCACAGGUGACAUGUCUGAGAGUAAAGCCAAAAAGAUUGAAAUCAAGGACAUGGAUGGGCAGACGCUGAGUAAGCUGAUUGAUUACAUCUAUACAGCCGAAAUUGAGGUGACUGAAGAGAACGUCCAGGUGCUGCUCCCAGCAGCCAGCUUGCUGCAGCUCAUGGACGUUCGGCAGAACUGCUGUGACUUUCUGCAGUCUCAGUUGCAUCCCACCAAUUGCCUGGGCAUCCGUGCGUUUGCCGACGUGCAUACCUGCACCGACCUUCUGCAGCAGGCCAACGCUUAUGCAGAGCAGCACUUUCCAGAGGUGAUGCUGGGGGAAGAAUUUCUUAGCCUAAGUCUGGACCAGGUGUGCAGCUUGAUAUCCAGUGACAAGCUGACCGUUGCUUCAGAAGAGAAGGUAUUUGAAGCUGUGAUUUCGUGGAUCAAUUAUGAGAAAGAAACCCGUUUAGAGCACAUGGCAAAGCUGAUGGAACAUGUCCGUCUCCCUCUCUUACCUAGGGAUUACCUUGUCCAGACGGUUGAAGAAGAAGCUUUGAUAAAGAAUAACAACACCUGUAAGGACUUCCUCAUCGAAGCCAUGAAAUACCAUCUGCUCCCUCUGGAUCAGAGGCUCUUGAUUAAGAACCCAAGGACCAAGCCCAGGACUCCAGUCAGCUUGCCCAAGGUCAUGAUCGUGGUCGGCGGCCAGGCACCCAAGGCGAUCCGCAGCGUGGAGUGCUAUGAUUUUGAGGAGGACCGCUGGGACCAGAUUGCUGAGCUUCCCUCCAGGAGAUGCAGAGCAGGUGUGGUGUUCAUGGCUGGACAUGUGUACGCUGUGGGUGGCUUUAACGGCUCCCUGCGCGUGCGGACGGUGGAUGUGUAUGACGGUGUGAAGGACCAGUGGACGUCCAUCGCCAGCAUGCAGGAGCGCCGGAGCACGCUGGGCGCUGCCGUGCUCAACGACCUGCUCUAUGCCGUGGGGGGCUUUGAUGGCAGUACUGGCCUAGCGUCAGUGGAAGCCUACAGCUACAAGACCAACGAGUGGUUUUUCGUGGCCCCAAUGAAUACGCGGCGGAGCAGUGUGGGCGUGGGCGUCGUGGAGGGGAAGCUAUAUGCUGUUGGGGGUUAUGAUGGGGCUUCCCGCCAGUGCCUGAGCACCGUGGAGCAGUACAACCCAGCGACCAAUGAGUGGACGUAUGUGGCAGACAUGAGCACCCGCCGCAGUGGCGCAGGCGUUGGGGUCCUCAGCGGACAGCUGUAUGCCACAGGUGGGCACGAUGGGCCCCUGGUGAGGAAGAGUGUUGAGGUUUAUGAUCCUGGAACAAACACCUGGAAGCAGGUGGCCGACAUGAACAUGUGCCGGCGCAAUGCAGGUGUCUGCGCAGUGAAUGGGCUCCUGUAUGUGGUUGGAGGGGAUGAUGGAUCCUGCAACUUGGCUUCGGUGGAGUACUACAAUCCUGUCACCGACAAAUGGACGCUGCUGCCAACCAACAUGAGCACAGGGCGGAGCUACGCAGGUGUUGCUGUAAUUCACAAGCCCUUGUGACCCCAACUCCCACUGCCAGGAUGUGGAGGAAGGGAGGGGUGCUGCUUAUGACUCAGAACAGCGGGACCAUGACGGCUGGAUGCCACUCGCUGCGAGAGUCUGCAGUGGAGCGAGACUUGGCAGAGUGGCGUCCCGUCCGGAACACCAGUGACCCAUCUCCUGCUCCCCUAAGGUGUUUUGACCUCUGCCCUGAGCCGUGGGUUCCUGAUAGCUCCAGGCGGCACAUUUGGGCUUUUUUUGUGUUUCUACAGAGACACCUUGUG